AAAGGAAAUGUUCAAUAGUAAAAAAAAUCUUAAAAAUUAGACAUACGUAUAGCUAUUUUUAAUCUACACCAAAGAUCACUCUAUGUAAUCUGUAACCGCCAUUAUCUACCACCCAAUUCACUUCCUCCUAAAAAUAACCUAAACGACAGUAGAAGGAUGUCCUCAACAAGCGAAACCACUUCUGGCACCGAAAGCACAUCGAACACCGAAUCUUCAACAUCAAGAAGCGAUGCCGAACUCUACCUAAAGCCGCUUAUUGGACUCACCGCUGAGCAGCUAAAAAUAGCACAACAAAGCGCAUUUUGGAAGUUUUGGAGAGUCACAAUCAUUGUCGUUUUCUGGGUGAUCUGGACUGGUAUGGUAACCGGUGCGAUAUUGAUCAUUGUUUUGAACAACGGUGACCUGCCGAAGACCACAACCACUACCGCUCCAAGAACAACAGCCCAUCAAUAAAUAUUUGCGAUAGCGUA